CCCCCUUCCCCUUUCCUACUGCACACUCUCCAGCCAGUCAGUCAGACCCUAAUUGUGUGAGUGUGUGUUUGCAUGUGUUCCCUCAAACGUAUAAGAAAGUUGUCUUUUGUCUUGGCCGGAAAAUUGGAAGUAGCCGAGGGAAGAGUUCUGUGCGGGGAAAAAAAAGAAAUUGCUAUCAUGUGGCAUUGGUGGGUGCCCUUUGUCUUGGCCUUGGUUUCCAUGGCAAUCCCAACAAUCAGCCAAAGUGGGGACGGCGAUUAUGGAUCAGGCUUUGACAUUUACCCCUCGAUCACCGCCACUGAUGGUCCAUUGCAAUCCGUCGCUGAUGAGCCUGCGAGGGUGAAAAAUAACCCAGUGUCCCCCGAUGUUUCCUCUUCACCACUGCACCAGCAGACGUGUGCAGUCCACUUCAGCACCAGCGACGUCUCAGCCCGGAAGCUGAAGGCCCAGAGAGAGGAGCUGGCCUACCUGCAGGCAAUGCAGCACGCCAACAAGGCGGUGAUGGAGAACCUGGUGCAGUAUGUCGGGGCCGAGGUGGGACACGAGAGCUACGAGGAGGUGAUCCGAGCCAACAUGGUGGGUAUCCUGGAGGACCACAAGAGCUGUCUGGAGGUGACGGAGAAGGCAGAGGAAGACCUGAAGAAGCAGCUGCAAGGCAACGUACUUGACACGCUCGCUGGAAUGCAGAAAAUCCAUGACGAGUCUUUGGCUUUUGAGGACAUGCUUCGGGCGGCGUUUGACAUGGCCAAGCGCCUAGAGAGCUUGUCACAGACCCUUCACGCUUCAUUCACCAAGCAGUUGAGAGACACGGUCAAAGUCCACGGCUAAGACUUGGACACUAUUCUGUUUCCUUCAUUGGAUUGUGAUCACUGACUCAGCUGGCUGGGACUCAAUGUAUAGAAUUGUGGAAUGAAGCCAUCCAUCCAUCCAUCUUCCAUUACAGUAUUAUGCAGGUGGUAUAAGGUUGAGGUGUCAUCUUCUCCAGAGGACUCCGACUGCCCCCGGACAUGACGACAAACCGAUUGUUUUAAUGCAUUCUAAAUAUUAAAUAAACGUAAAAAAAAGUCUGCUUACACCGUAGCAAAUGAGAGUUCCACUUUUCCGCCCAUAAAAUCCGAUAAAUAACCGUUUAAAAAGCGCUAACAUUACUCAAUUUACAUUUUGUGACUUGAAUUUUAACCAAGUAUAAGUGAAAUUGUUAUUAUUGUAACGCCGGUUCGGCAUCGUGGUACCGGGUUCGAUUCCCUCGAGGAUGCGUCAAACGAAGAACACAACAAAGGUAAGAUGUAACAAAUGUAUUAACAAAAAGUGAGCUCUGAACAAAAACACUGGAGUUAAUAAAAAGGGAAACAAAAGACGCUGGCGUGAAAGCUAGGCAAUAUAAAGAACUAAGAUUUGGCACGAUGGCACAAAAAAUGAAAACAAAGAUGAUUAGCAUGUGAGCUAAAGAUGACAACAAAGUGGCUUAGCUAACGGCACAGUGAUCACAAGGGUUGUCCCAUUACCAAUAUUUUGGUACCGGUACCAAAAUUUAUUUUAAUACUUUUCUAAAUAAAGGGGACCAAGAAAAGUGGCAUUAUUGGCUGUAUUUUAACAUAAAUUCUUGCGAUACAUUAAACACAUGGUUCUUAUUCCUACUUUUUCCUUAAAUAAAAUAUUCAACAUACAACACAACUUUUCUUUUAUUAGUAAGUAAGCAAACAAAAGCUCCUAAUUGGUCUACUGACGUAUGCGUAACAUAUUGUGUCAUUUAUCAUUCUGUUAUUGUGUCAAAACUGCUAAGGACAAUCUGUAGAAAAUGAAUUAUUAAUCUACUUGUUAAUUUACUUUUAACAUCUGGUUAUUUUCUCUUUUAACAUGUUCUAUUUACACUUCUGUUAAAAUGUAAUAAUCACUUAUUAUUCUGUUGUUUAGAUAUCUUACGUUUUAGAUGAUACCACAAGUUACAGGAUCAUACAUUGUUGGUAUUCAAAGUCCUCAUGUGUCCAGAGACAUACUUCCUGCGUUUAUAAUCUUAAUGAGAAUUUAAAAAAAAGGAAAAAAAGAUUCUGUGAUUGUAAAAAAUAUCGAUGUAAUCAUCGUAGUAUUGACUAGAUACGCUCUUGUACUUGGUAUUACAGUGGAUGUCAGGUGUAGAUCUGUCCAUGGCGUUAGUUUACAUUGUGCCGUAGGAGGCUUCAGUUUGUAGUGAAGCAUCUUUAGCUAUUUCUCAUCCUGCAGGGAUUAUACUUGUAAGAAACGUACUUUAUUAGUCGCCAUGGAGGCGAGGAUUAGUGAUUUAGAAGUAAAGAAAACUCUGCAGACUGCGGAUGGACCUUAGCCGCUAGCUAGUUAGCCAUGUUUUAAAGCACCUCGUCCUGAAGGUGUUUCCUUUAUCUUUAGUUUUUAGGCCAAAAUGCGUCAAUUCUUCCUUUUCUGUCUACAGACUGUGUGUAAUCCGUAAGUACUCCGUGUGUGUGCAUUGCCAAACAUGCUUUUCUGCUCGACAGUGUGCCGUUAUGCCCAUUAAAAAAAAAAAAAAAAAUGAGAAUGGGUACCUUUUUAGCGGUAUAGUACAUAAGUAUCGUGGUACUUUACUAAUAUCGGUAUACUGUACAACCCUGGUGCCUACAUUUACAUCAUCGAGUGGUCUGCUGCUUCCUCGCUUCCUUGCUCCCUGUAAGUGUAUUGUAGAUCAUAAAUCGUGGCUCUCGCCUGAAAAAUAGAUGGCUGAGAUUAUAAUUUGACAAACUGGGACACAUUGACAGCCUUUUAAGACCUGGAACUGGCAAACACAACACACAAAAGCUUGUUUAUUUUGUCAUAAUGUAGUCUUUUAAGUUUCUCGUGAAGGUACAAUGUGUUGUGGACUAUAAUUCGUAUAUUAUUAUCCAUCCAUCCAUUUUUUCCUGCUUGUCCCUCUCAGGAUCGCGGGGGUUGCUGAAGCCUAUCUCAGCUGCACU